UCCAGGCAUCGCCCCAGGCGAAAGGUUGCUGCGCGGUCGGAGGGCGCGGGAGGAGUCUGGCGGUGAUUGAUGGGGAAGGGACAAAUGAAUACAAGUACUUGUCUGGGGACAGCAGAGACCCCAGCAAGCUGUGGAGGCUACACUCGUCUGGCAUUCUCAGAGGGUUUCGUCAGAGCCAGACCUGCCCGCAGCUGAGGGAGGAGCGCUCUGCUCCCAGCAGAGCUGCAACCCGGCCGCGAGCCCAGCGCGCCUCGGCCGCAGCCCGGCUCCAGGAGGAAAGUCCCUGCUCGUCGCUCUGCAACCUGGUGCAUCAGAUCCCACAGGCUCUGAAAACCGCAGAGUGGCCGCCGGACGCCCACCUGAGCAGGCAGCAACAUGCAGCCGCCGCCAAGCCUGUGCCGACGCGCCCUGGUGGCACUGGUUCUUGCCUGCGGCGUAGCCGAGGUCUGCGGAGAGGAGAGAGGAUUUUCGCCUGCAGGAGCCACUCUGCCGCUUGGGGAAACCGCAGAGAUAAUGACCCCACCCACUAAGACCUCCUGGCCCAGGAGCUCCAACGCCAGCCUGCUGCGGUCGUUGGCACCUGCGGAGGUUCCCAAAGGAGCCAGGACGCGGGGAGCUCCGCCACGCAUCCUCUCCCCGCCCCCGUGCCAAAGAUCCAUCGAGAUCAAGGAGACUUUCAAGUACAUCAACACGGUUGUGUCCUGCCUCGUAUUCGUGCUGGGUAUCAUCGGGAACUCCACACUGCUGAGAAUCAUCUACAAGAACAAGUGCAUGCGGAACGGCCCCAACAUCCUGAUCGCCAGCCUGGCGCUGGGAGACCUGCUGCACAUAGUCAUCGACAUCCCCAUCAAUGUCUACAAGCUGCUGGCGAAGGACUGGCCCUUUGGAGUGGAGAUGUGUAAGCUGGUGCCUUUCAUACAGAAGGCCUCCGUGGGCAUCACUGUGCUGAGUCUCUGUGCUCUAAGUAUUGACAGAUAUCGAGCCGUUGCUUCUUGGAGUCGAAUUAAAGGAAUUGGAGUUCCAAAAUGGACAGCAGUAGAAAUUGUUUUAAUUUGGGUGGUCUCCGUGGUUUUGGCUGUCCCUGAAGCCAUAGGUUUUGAUAUGAUUACCACUGAUUACAAAGGAAGCUAUCUGCGAAUCUGUUUGCUUCAUCCCACUCAGAAGACAGCCUUCAUGCAGUUUUACAAGACCGCUAAGGAUUGGUGGCUAUUUAGUUUCUAUUUCUGCUUGCCUUUGGCUGUCACUGCCUUGUUUUAUACCCUGAUGACCUGUGAAAUGUUGAGAAAGAAAAGUGGCAUGCAAAUUGCUUUAAAUGAUCACUUAAAGCAGAGACGGGAAGUGGCCAAAACCGUCUUUUGCCUGGUCCUUGUCUUUGCCCUCUGUUGGCUCCCCCUUCACCUCAGCAGGAUUUUGAAGCUCACACUUUAUGAUCAGAAUGAUCCCAAUAGAUGUGAACUUUUGAGCUUUUUGUUGGUAUUGGACUACAUUGGCAUCAACAUGGCCUCCCUGAAUUCCUGCAUUAACCCAAUCGCUCUGUAUUUGGUGAGCAAAAGAUUCAAAAACUGCUUUAAGUCAUGCUUAUGCUGCUGGUGCCAGUCAUUUGAAGAAAAACAGUCCUUGGAGGAAAAACAGUCGUGCUUAAAGUUCAAAGCUAAUGAUCACGGAUAUGACAACUUCCGUUCCAGUAAUAAAUACAGCUCAUCUUGAAAGAAGGAAUAUUCACUCGAUUUGAUUUUCUGUGUGUUGGACAGAAGUCAUUAAAACAAAAUGAAACCUUUGC